AUGGCAGAGCUCAACGAACCAAAGAUUCAAGAAAUUACGGACGAAGAAAUAACUUUAGAAAGCUCUAAUGCCGAGGGCGAGACAAAAGACGAAGAUGGCGUAAAAAUUCAAGAGAUUGAAGACUCCAAUGUACUGGAAAAAAAAGGUGCUACUGUUGAAUCUGAUGACGACUCUGUUCCUAGCUUAGAGGAGGACGGUGGUAUCCCAGCUGGCGUUGCUCCAGCUGAUAUUGCUAAAAUCCAAAGCCGUGGAGAAAAAAAGGCUCGCAAGGCAAUGCAAAAAUUAGGGUUGAAA